AUGAAGACUGUGGUGGCUCUGCUGCUUCUCUGUCUGUGUGAUCCUGGACAGAGUGACUGCCGGGCGGACUGCGUGUCCUGCAGCAACAUCCUGCCCAAACAGCUCAGUUUCAACAUCAUUGUGUGUCUCACUGAGUGUGAAGCCGACAUCUCCCCGGCCUUUUCCUGGGACAUCUGUCGUAAGGUGCUGUCAUCUCCUAUUUCAUCCCUUACUGGCACCAUGCGGAAAAGAUCUCAGGAGGAGGUGGAGGCCCUGUUUCCCGAGGAGGAGGAAGAGCCGGUGGAGGGAGGUUUGUUUCUGCCCUUUGCAAUGCAGAGGUACGAUCACAUGACCCGGGCACUCGGGAGGGAUCUGGGCGGCAGGGGCAGCCAGCUGAACACUGCCUACAAUGCCCAUAACGCCCUGUCUCUUGAGGAUGAGUAUGAGGAGGAGGCAGGGCAGGAAGAAGAGGCUGCUGAAACGGCAGCAAGAGGACAGGGCGAGGCAGGGCUGGGCAUCUCCAAGAGGUUCGGCGGCUUCGUCAAAGGGAGGCACAGCUACAGGAAGCUGAUGUCUCCGGGGAGAUCGUACCAGAAGAGGUACGGUGGCUUCGUCGGCAUCCGGAAGUCAGCCCGCAAGUGGAACAACCAAAAACGCUUCAGCGAGUUCCUGAAGCAGUAUCUGGGGAUGAGCACUAAGGCCACUGAGUUCAACAGCGUGUCAGAGGACCUCACCCAACAGAAUGAAGUUUAA